AUGAUAAAGUGUCAGUNUGGAGAAUGGGUAUGUAUUGCUGUGACUAUACUGGAGAAUGGGUUGAGCAUCAUUGCCUUUCAAGACCUUGCAGAUUCUCAAGCUCUGAACAAGAUCUGCGAGGAGCUCAACACACCGCUGAUACCUCACGUCAAGAAGUGGACAGGACAUAGGGGACAGUGGCGCUAUCUGAUGUCACAUAACUCAGGACAGGAUGAAGAGUACCUGGGCUUUAUAUAUGAUGCUAGUCAAGAGAUUGAGGUAGUCAGAUCCUCACUCGUGCAAACUGGAAACUCUGCGACCUGCCCAUUCAUGGUACAUUUUAAGGUAAAGCAGCACCCCCUGGUGUCCGUUAAUGUCCACAACCCCUGCUCAACAGACCAGACGAGAUUACACUCUGAGAUUAUGUCUACUUUGCCAUCUAUCCUGGAAACACUGGAACAAAAGUCCCCUGGAACAAAGGAUGUCAUAAUACUGGGGAAUUUUAAUCUGGGACCUGGUGCUAAAGAAUUCUCCUUGUUAAAAGACAAUGGAUAUGUCCACACAGUGGCAGAGGGGUGCUUUACUGAUAUCAGCCUGGAGAACAUGACAGGUGCUGCCACCUGUGACAACAUCUGGCUCAGCAAGCAGGCACAGGCUGGCUACACAGGUCACUCUAAGGUGGUCAGAGAGGGUUUGACCAGUGUGUGGAUCCCCAAUGGCUGGGCCUGGGGCGGUCUUGCCACUGACCACUGUCCAGUCUGGGCAGAAUUUUAUACAGACAGUAGUGUGGGUCUGGAAGAUGUAGAUUUGAUAGAGAGAUGAUGAUGAUGAGGAGGAAGAGGAGGAGGAUCAUGAGGAGGAGGAGGAGGAUCAUGAGGAAGAGGAGGAGGAUCAUGAGGAGGAGGAGGAGGAUCAUGAGGAUGGCCAGUCACCAAAAGAUUUUCAAUGACAACAGCCCAUUAAAGGCUGAAUUUCACAUGGACAGAAGAGUUGGACUUUGAGGAUCCAAAACUGAUAACCACUGACCGAUCAAGGUUGAGUUCUAUGUGGACAGAAAAACUGGACUUUCAGGAUCCAAAAUUGCUGGUUGCUGUAAAAUUGUCGCCAACUACUGUCCAAUAUUAGAUUUGGAAUUUACAACCUUGGACCUUGAAGUUUUAGAUGGCAGAAAUAUAUUUUGCACAGAAAUGUAGUUUUUAGUUUGACUGACUGUAUCGCUGUAUUUGGCCUCUAAAACUAUAUAUGAAAAGAGAGAUGUUGGAGUCAUACUAGUGCCAUUUUGGUUUUAAACAGAAGACACUCUUUUCACAAAAUUCUGUCAUGAUUUCUUCAAAAAUUGAGCAAAUAAACCAAACAAAUGGUCGAUAAAAUAUUAUUUCGGGCACUUGUUGAAAUUUUGGUACAAAAUAAUGGUAUGAGCCUGGAGACCAAUUUAAAAGACACUUGUUAGAUACAACAUACAUUUAACAUUACUUGAACUGUUCUAUACUUAAAAGCAACAGUGGUAGAUUUAGCAGCACAGUAAGUAAAAACUUAUUUAUUUCAAACAAAACUCACUUUAAAGAUACAUUUCUUCUAGGCAAAAUUUUCUUAGUAAUUCAGAAAAAAUGCUGAAUCAUAAUUUCUGAAAGUGUGUAUGAUUUUGUGAGUAACAAAGAGGUCAAAUAACGGAAAGCUAAAGCACUGGAGUUCGUGUAAAAUUUGGAUUUAAAUUCCAUGUACGUCUUGGUUAACAUGCAGUUGAAAGGCUAAAUACCAGACUAGGUUUGAAUUCAGGAGGUCAGUGUUUGUGAAGGAUUGUACUUAUAUAUUAGAUUUAAAUUUGCUAGUGGCCCAUGUCAGGAAGUCACUGUUAGUUAAAGAUAGAAGUCUAGUAUUUAGAUAGCCAUUUGCUAGAAUUACCCGUGCAAUGAGAAGCCAUAAGCUAAGGAAGCUGGACCCUGGUCAUCUAUAUCUGUCAGUAUGCCAUGGGACUUAUUGUCAAGUGCUAAGUGAAAAGUAAUGUCAGGGAAUUUUAUCUACAGUGCGCAACUAGGGUCUGAAGAAUGUUUUUUUUAUGAAGGCCAGUGUUUCUUUAAUAAGCUUUGGAAUAACACUAAUUUAAUUGCCUGUGAAGAAAAAAGCCAGAAAGAGUUGUUUCUUAAUGAAGUUUCUCUUAUUGUAUGGUUGAAUCCCAUUUGUCUUUGUGCAACUAUGUGAUUAUUUGCCCACCUUUAAAACUUCAUUGCAGAAAGCAAUAUUGAAGUCAUCAGCAAUACUCAUUAGAUUAACUGGUACAGCACAGUUAUUGAGAGAAGCUGGGAGAGUGAGUAAAAAAAAAUAUCUACUGUUGUUCAUGCUGCACCAUGCUACUCGUGUAUUAGAAAACUUUUUGACAUAACAUACCAUGAUGGUAUGUUUAGUUUGAUCAUUAUACAUAAUUUAAUACAAAGAUAAAGAAAACAUUUGUGUAUGUGUUUGUUCAACACCCACCAUGCUUUUAGUGCCUUUGCAUGAUUUACUUUUUUUGCAACAAUUCUGAAGAUUUUUAUCCAUUUUCUUGCUGAACUUUGAUCUGUAUUGAUUGAAAAACAAAUGGCAUGGGUCCACUCUGUAGGAAACUCAAAAUAUUAUGAUAUUUAAAAUAAGGUAUAUUUUUAAUUUUUGUAGAAAAUGAUGGAUCUGACAUGUUUGUUGAUUAGUUCCAUGUAGCUUUGUAUCUUAAUGAGAAUUAUACACGUAUAAAGCACAAUUAUUGGUCGUAUAUUGUUAUUAUUUAUCAAUUUAAGCAACAACAAUGCAACUUUGUUCAAACUAGAUACCUUCAGAAUCAACAUAUUCACACUGGAAUAGGUUUUU